UACCUGUGCCGUUUCCAGGGGUUGUCUUCCAAAAAGCAGUGAGGCGGACAGGAACGGUCAGGCGGACUGAAACUAUUGUUAGAGGAAUAUGACGUUUUUACCCACGGAACCGAGGUUACGGGUUCUUUGGAUGUAAUUCCACACGUGGGCGCGUUGCAGUUUCUGUGUAGCAGUGCAGGGAUGCAGAGCCCCCCUCACCUCCUGACAGUCAGUGCCUGUGCCUGGGUCAGCAGUCUCUGUCACCGAAAAGAGAUUAUUCAGAGUGACUCCCUGGUGGUACCAAACGAAGGCGCUAUGUCGGUGACCGUUCAUGAGCAUCGUAAAUCCCGCACCAGCACGGGCUCCAUGAACAUCUCACUGUUCCACAAGCCUUCACAUCCUGACAGUGUCCUGACUCAUCUGAACACCAUGAGGAAACAAUGCAUGUUCACUGAUGUCACUCUGUGGGCCGGGGAUCGAUCCUUCCCAUGCCACAGGGCAGUCUUGGCAGCAUGCAGCCGUUAUUUUGAAGCCAUGUUCAGCGGAGGGCUAAGAGAAAGUCUGGACAGUGAUGUCAAUUUCAGAGACAGUAUACACCCUGAGGUCUUGGAGCUUCUGCUGGACUUUGCCUAUUCCUCUCGACUCAUCAUAAAUGAGGAGAACGCUGAGUCGUUGUUAGAAGCAGGCGACAUGUUGCAGUUUCAUGACAUCCGGGAUGCAGCUGCUGAGUUUUUAGAAAAAAACCUGCACUCCUCCAACUGCCUCGGGAUGAUGCUGUUGUCAGAUGCCCAUCAGUGUAAAAGACUGUACGAGCUGUCGUGGAGGAUGUGUCUGUUACACUAUGAGACAGUUAGAGAAUCAGAGGAUUUCUACAGUCUGUCUAAAGAUAAACUGUUGGAGCUGAUUCUCAGUGAUGAGCUGGAGAUAGAGGAUGAACAAAUUGUGUUUAAUUCUGUGAUGCGGUGGGUUCGAUACGACUUGGAAGGUCGACGUCAUCAUUUACCAGAGCUGCUGAGGGGCAUCAGGUUGGCUCUGCUGCCAUCUGAAUGUCUACUGGAGGCUGUAGCCUGUGAAGAGUUGGUUAUGGCUGACAAGAGGAGCAGAUCAAUAGUUGAAGAAGCCAUGCAGUGUAAGAAGAAAAUCCUUCAGAAUGACGGAGUAGUGACUAGUCCCUGUGCUCGACCUCGUAAGGCAGGACACACUUUGCUUAUUCUGGGAGGCCAGACCUUCAUGUGUGACAAGAUAUACCAGGUUGACCAUAAAGCCAAGGAGAUUAUACCUAAGGCAGACCUCCCGAGCCCCAGGAAGGAGUUCAGUGCGUGUGCCAUUGGCUGUAAGGUUUACGUGACAGGAGGAAGAGGAUCAGAGAAUGGAGUGUCUAAGGAUGUCUGGAUCUAUGACACUGUCCAUGAAGAGUGGUCUAAAGGAGCGCCUAUGCUAAUAGCCAGGUUUGGCCAUGGUUCAGCUGAGUUGGAGAAUAGUCUUUAUGUUGUUGGAGGUCACACAGCCAUAGCUGGAGUUUUUCCUGCCUCUCCAUCUGUCUCCCUGAAACAGGUCGAGCGGUAUGACCCUCUCAGUAAUAAAUGGACCAUGAUGGCUCCUUUAAGAGAUGGAGUCAGUAAUGCAGCUGUGGUCAGUGCCAAACUCAAGCUCUUUGUUUUUGGAGGAACCACCAUACACAGAGACAAGGCCUCCAAGGUCCAGUGCUACGACCCUGUGGGUAACCGCUGGAAUAUUGCAGCUGAAUGCCCCCAGCCAUGGCGAUAUACAGCAGCUGCUGUCUUAGGGAGCCAGAUCUUCAUCAUGGGUGGUGACACUGAAUUCACUGCUGCCUCUGCUUAUCGCUUUGACUGUGAAAACAAUCAGUGGACCCGAGUGGGUGACAUGACGUCCAAACGGAUGAGCUGUCACGCUGUGGCCUCAGGAAAUAAGCUGUAUGUGGUUGGAGGGUAUUUUGGGACGCAGCGGUGUAAAACACUGGACUGUUACGACCCCACAUCAGACAGUUGGAAUUCCAUCACCACUGUGCCUUAUUCACUGAUUCCCACUGCCUUUGUCAGCACCUGGAAACACCUACCUGCCUAACGGGAGACACCACAACUCAGUAAUUACAGGAGGUGGUGCCCACUGAGAGAGGAAGUCCUGACUGGAGAAGAAUCUCUGAGGCUGCACCCUGCAGCUGCACAUAGGACCAAUCCUUACAAGAACAAGCUGCACCUCAUUGACUCUGAAUUAGUCCUGAGUGGUGAAGCGAACAAGCCAACAGCACACCACCCAGGUCUUAACACACAGAGAGGAUUUGUCUAAAUAUCAUGCUUCCUAAAUAAUGUGAUACUACUCAAACUGACACGUUGAUGAACUGGACUGACAGCUGGAUGGAGUGCUCAUACAAACCAAUGAGUGGCUUGUUUGUUUGUGUGUGUGUGUGUGUUUUCUGAGGCCAUGUUUCUUUAAUGUCUUAUUAGUCCUGAAAUUCUCUACUAAACCAUUCCAGUGUAAAGACAGAAGCUGCCAGAUGACAACUUUUACUUCAGUGACUUCCCUCAGAAUACGAGACAACAGAAUGAAAGCAGGACCUCGGUUUUCUCUUCAGGUGCACUGCACACACUGACUAUAUUUACUGGUACUACUAUUUACACCAUGGAAACGAAGGGAGUGAGACUGAGAAUUGAAACUGCUGUAGAUUUUCAGGAAGUGGAGCAUUUGAGUGCAUCAGGUAACCAUCAGUGUACACCAAGAGAAUAUGUGACUCAUCAGCAUUUUAUAAGAAACAUUGGUUUUUAAUGUGGGACUUAACACUCUGCUCUUAGUGCUGCUUGGGGUUUUCAGUUGUAUGAAUCAUUAUUUGUCUGAUGUUUGUUUUAUCAGGCUCCUCACGUGGAUCGACAUGGUAUAGAAAAUUUUUGACAAAAAAAGAUCAGUUACUGUAUAGUCAUUACUCCGCUAAACCUGAACUGUAUUUCCCUCUGUUCGUUUCUGAAGGUCAGAACAGUCCUUAAAUUUCAUUGCUGUUUUUUUCAGAGUGAUUGAACAUGACCAGCAGGUCAUGCAUUUCCACUGGUUUUAAUCACUCUCAUUCAGCAUUCAGGGCGGCAUGGUGGUGCAGUGGUUAGCACUGUUGCCUCACAAGAAGGUUCCAGGUUCGAGCCCAGGGCUUUUCUGUGUGGAGUUUGCAUGUUCUCCCUGUGCCUGCUCUCCAGGUACUCCAGCUUCCUCCCACAGUUCAAAGACAUGCAGCUUAGGUGAUGAACUGGUGAUCUUUACAAGGAUAAGCGGUACAGAUAAUGAAUGGAUGGAUGGAUUAAACAUUCAGACAACACACUGUAUAGUAGUACUGUUAACAUCACUGUGUCUACUAUACUUAAUGAACUGUUCAGUGAUCCAGAGCCAGCCGUACUGUUUUUUUAAACAUUUCACAGACACCACACAGCUCAAAACUUUUCAAACAUACAGUACUGUGCAAACGUUUUAGACACUUCAGAUGUUUUUACUCUUAUCCUUCACCAGUACCAUCAGGGAGGUGUCUGAUCAGUCCCAGAUUUUAUCUGCAGCAGGACAAUGAGUCCAAUCACACAGUUGGCAUCUUAAAGAACAAGGAAUCCUGCAGUAGAUGGUCUGACCCCCACAGAGCCUGAUCUCAACAUCACAGAGUCAGUCUGAGAUUACAUGAAGAGACAGAAGACACUGAGACAGCCUGAAUCCACAAAGGAACUGAGGUAACUUCUCCAACGUGCUGGAAGAAACUACCUAAGUACAGGUGUACUGGGGAGAACUGGAACUGUUUUAAAGGCAAAUGGAGGAGGGGGGAACGGUAUAAUAGGAAAUACUGAUCUGAUUUAGGUUGCUGCACUGUGCAUGAGGUUAAUUGAUGAAUAAAAGAAAAUCAUUGGAUUAUUUUUGAUAGCACUUCACUUCAUCAUCACUUUACCUUUAGUGCCUAAAACUUUUGCACAGUACUGUAGGUAAAAUAAUGAUUGUUCCUCAGCACUGAUCAAAGUCAUUAAUGGUUAAACUGAUCCAAUCCACAGUUUGACUUGUCAGACCACCAACAACUAAAAACACUGGAGGUUUGAAUGAAGGUCAGUUCUUUAUUAUAAAUUCAGCCAUGACCAUAAGAUGACGUGCUGAUUGGUUCCACUGACUUCACUGUCAACUGAAAGUAUUGGAUAUUGAUUGUGACAUACUCAAACUACAGUGUCACCACAGUGUUUGAACUUAAUGUCCCUUUGCUGAUGAGGGUGGAUCCAGUGUUGUAACACAAUAACAGAUCGCUGCUGGAGCAUCAGAUGACUUCUGCCCACAAACAGCUGAAAUUACAGUAUUUAUCUACUUUUUACUUUUGCCUUUCUUGAGUGCCAAAGUGUUGCGAGACCUUUGCCAAGCUGUAAAACAUUUUUUUACAUAAGUUACAGUGUGAAAGCAUGAGAAAACACAUUCAGGAGCACAAUCUGUGGAUGCUCUUGUGCCAGUUGAACACCUCGAGCUGUACAUGCACUCCUUUGUGUUUCCAGUGGCAUGUUUAAGUUUUGAAGGUAGGGUGCAGCUGAAACAGUAAGACCAGAGUCCCGGCUGAUGAUGUCACGUCAGUUGUAGACAGUUAUUUAUUUCAGACAACAUGCUUACUGUCAGGUUUUUAUAGGACAUGUAUGAGAAGCACAGAACAGCCCUGUAGACAGUGUCCUGUAGAAACCAUCACUGCCAAAGUGCUGCUAAACAACAAGCUGAAUUCUUGUUGCUUUUUUAACUCUCUAACACCCAUGCACUAUUGAUCAUAUGCAUUCAUUAUGGUGUGUCUCUGUCCAACAGGUGUAGAAUAUUUUCUCCAUACUGGAGAUGACACCAGCUGUCACAUUAUCACAAAGUAGCACAGAGCAGAUGAAGAAGGUUUCUGCAGGACACAGGCGCAUCACCGCUGAUACAUUGUAUUGUCUCUGUGGUAAUGUACAGUAUUUGCUAAUGUUUUAAUCCUUUACACUUGUCCCCUGUCCAGCUGUUCACAGCUGCCGUGAGGUGGAGUGUAAACAUAUGAGUUGAUUCACUGUGUGGUUGGAUUUUAGCUACUGCACAGAAGAGAAGUAGUGAGGUGUUUUGAAAUGACUACAGAAACUACAGGAAUUUCUUUAAAGGGAAAAAAAUGUUAGAUACAGAAUGUUUGUACUGGUGAAAAUAAACAGAACAUUCACUUUUUA